CCCUUUUAGGUUAGAAACGGUUGAAUAAUAAUAAAUUUCAUCAAAUUUGUGUAAAUUUAUUAAGAAUGAAAUAAAUUGUUAAUCAAAUAAUAAUAUAAUUCAAAAGUUAAACAUAAAAUGGCCAAAUAUUUAGCACAAAUUAUUGUUUUGGGUGGUCAAGCUAUUGGCAAGGCUUUUGCUAAAGCCUUACGGCAAGAAAUUGCCGCUUCCCAAGAAGCAGCACGUCGCAGUGGUGGUGGACGUCAGGGAGAAAAAAGAUCAGAAGCUAAUGCCAGAACGGGCAUGACUUUGGAUGAGGCCAAACAAAUACUCAACAUAAACGACUUGGAAAAUCUCGAACAAAUCACCAAAAACUAUGAACAUUUAUUCGCCGUCAAUGACAAAUCUAAAGGUGGUUCCUUUUAUAUACAAUCUAAAGUUUUUCGUGCUAAAGAACGUAUCGAUCAAGAAUUGAAAGAGGCUCUUAAGUCUCAACAAGCCAAACAAAAAAGACAAGAAGAUUCAACAGCGGAAUCAGCAGAUAAACAACGAUGAGUGUUGCGUUUUAGUAAUUUUUAGAAUGUGCUUUAGUUAUUUCUUGUUUCUUUUUUUUCUAUAUAAAUUUUAUAAAUUUAAUUUUCUUUUACAAUAUUGUAUUGUAAAAAUAACUAAACGAUACAAGUUGAUUAUUUUAAGAUACAAAAACAAACAUAAACAAUACCUAUAGGCUUUUCAGGAAUAUAUACAAAUAGAUAAUGAGUUUUACUGUGUGAAAUAAGUUUGAAUGAAAAUCCCUGUCGAAAUACAAUUUGAAUCCAGUUAAUUGUUUAGCAGGGAAUCUUAAAGACUUGUUUUUUUUUACCCAGAUUGUUUUGUAAAUAAAAUGCAAUUUUUUUAAUAAGUUUUUCUUAAUUUGCUUUAUAAAAUAAGUUUGUUUUUAGAAAAUGUUAUUAGCAAAUAAUGAAAAAGAUUGUUGAUGAACGAAAAUACGGAUACAAAAUAUAUAUUUCUUAAUAUUAUGUAA